ACCAUAUUCGGCAGAGUCGAAUGAAGAAAUAAUCUACUAAUCGUUCAUCGACUUCUCACUCUCGUACUACUCCAAGCUGGUUCUGACCGGUAUGUCGAGACCAAGAUCGAUCCUAUGCAGAGCAGGACAUGAGGCCAUGAGCGUUAUCUAAGAUUUAUACAUUAUGACAGCUGCUGUUCCCGCCUCCUCACGACAAAGGCGACUGGAUCUCUGGAUGCUAUCGUCUUUGUUCACAAGUAUCAAUAGCGCUCUAGGCUCCAUCAUCGGUCGCCAGAAUCCUACUGUACUAACCCAAAACGCAUCACUAGCAUCAUUCUUGAUUCUCACUCUUCUCGUUUAAUUGCACCCAUCGACUCGGAAUGCGACAUAUGCAUCAACGUCAACCAACCAUCUCUAUGCAGCCGCCGCACCCUCUUAUUCCUCAACCUUCAAGUCACAUCCACUUUCCACCAGGAAGGCUGGCACUCCCUUCAAAUGGUUGUUUUCACCCGCUACCUCCGGCGCGUCCUCGACACACUGCCAUCGGACGGGCAGAUACCCAAGACGGAUGACUGCACCAUCCACGUCGUCAGCGACAAGGUGCAAAAGUCCAACAUCGUCGCCAUAUCCGCAUGUCCCGGACUCUCUAGAUCAGAUACCAUUGCACCGCUAUUAAACGUAGUUCGAGGACGGGAUCAGUUUACAUUCAGCAUCAUUCUUCAUUUGAUUCGAAUA